CCCCUCUCUCCCUUCACCCCGGCUCUCCGUGGAGCUGUUCCCCGCAGACAGGCAGCUCACCCCGGGCACAGAGAGACGAUGGAGACGGCCAAGGCGACCGGGGAUCGUAUUUUCGCCGCGGAAGCGAUCCUGAAGCGCCGCGUCCGCAAGGGGAGCCUUGAAUACCUGGUGAAAUGGAAAGGAUGGGCCAUGAAGCACAGCACUUGGGAGCCAGAGGAGAAUAUUCUGGAUGACAGGCUGAUAAUGGGCUUUGAGCAAAAGGAACGGGACAGGGAAAUGAACGGCCCGAAGAAGAGAGGACCGAAACCCAAAAACCUAGUCAUGAAGGCACGUGGUCAUAAAAAAGAGCCGAGCAGCCAAGCCUCCACCGCCCGCCAGCAAGCGUCCAGCGCCCGCCAAGCCUCCACCGCCCGUCAGACCACGUCACGCUCCUCCUCCACCCGAGCACCUUCCUCCUCUUCUGCCACAGCUCGUCUCUUGCCGUGUUCGUCCUCCUCCUCCUCAACCGUCGCACCCUCUCCCAAACUCAACUCCCUCGCGACCACCCACAAGCUAAAGAAGGACAUUCACCGUUGCCACAGGAUGUCCAGGCGUCCUCUGCCGCGCCCGGACCCCACAGGGCCGUCUCUCUCCAACCCCGGAGGUUUCCCCUCCCGCAUGCACGUCUCUCCGUUCUCCGAGACCGUCCGCAUCCUCAACCGCAGGGUCAAACCUCGAGAGGUCAAGAGAGGUCGGAUCAUCCUCAACCUGAAGGUCAUUGACAAGCCAGGCAGGGGUGGCUCGGCUGCCGGCAGUAGGAAUGUUUCCACCGGACGCCAGAACAUCCCGUCACGCAAUCGUAUCAUCGGGAAGAAGGGAGAGGCUCCGUACAGACCUUUCCAGCCUCCUCUGAAGAUGCUGGGGUUCCCCAUGUACGGGAAGCCGUUUGGGCUGCAGUGUGGAGGUCCUGCGGCUUUCCCUUCCCACCCGGGGUCGUGCUCCAGCACGGCCGCCGGGGCCGACCACACCUCCUCCUCUCAGUACAAGUCACCUCCGUCUCCUUCCAGCUCCAGCGGCUCUGAGGGGAAAUCUCCCGCCACCUCCCAGCCCCCCCCUGGAGCCUCACCUUCCAGCGAGGGUCCCAGUAAACCUCACACAGACCCCCAGAAGGGGCCGAGCGCCAAGCCAGCCGCUCCCGCCCCGUCCUCGGAGGCAAACCCAGGGUUGUCUCCGUCGCCCUUCCUCCCCUCCUCACCCUCUUCUUCCUUGGAAGAGGAGGAGGAGGAGGAGGAGGAGGAGGGUGAGGCCCUGGACAGCAUGGAGCCCUCAGAGGGAGCCAGGAAAGACCCUCUCCAAUGCCAGGCCAAACGCCCGGCGCCCGCCACCCCCCCCUCCGUCCCAGCCGGGGACCAGAGCUCCGCCCCCACCGAACCCAAGAGGGUGCCUGCCGAGGGAGACCCGGACUGGUCCCCCCAAAUGGCGCCGAGCUGCAAGGAUGUUGUGGUCACUGAUGUCACCACCAACCUUGUCACCGUCACAAUAAAAGAGUUCCCCUCCCCGGCUUCCUGCCCUGCCUCCCCCUCCUCUGCCAGCCCCGAAAACGCCUCCUCCCCCCCGCCCGCAGCCACGUCCGACGACCCCCCCCCUGUCAAGCCAUAG